AUGGCCGAUGUGCAGGUGCACGACCCCGAGCCAGCACCACCGCCAGCCGCGACAGCAACUGCCCCCGCCCCGGCUCGCAUCCACACAUGCGACCAGCCUGGAUGCAACCAGUCGUACGCCCGCAUUGAGCACCUCGAGCGCCACGUCAAGACCCACACGGCUCCCGCCGGCUACCUGUGCAAGGAGUGCGGCAAGGCAUUUGCUCGGAGCGACGUCCUCCGCCGGCACACCAAAAUCCACUCGCGCGAGGCGACCGUGACGGGCGACGGCGGUGGCCUGGCCAAAAGGGUCUCUCAAGCCUGUCAAUCCUGUGCGGCGGCCAAGGUGCGCUGCAACGGUGGCCAACCCUGUGAGCGCUGCAGCAAGCUCUCGCGCGUGUGCGACUACGAGACGGCGUCGUCCGACCCGUCAACCCGGCCGCACAAACGCGUUCGCCUGCAGAGCGAGGACGUCGGCCAGGCCGCACCGAGUUUCGAGGCCUUGCCGAACAGAAGCACGAGCGUUUCUAGUGUCCAUGACCACGUCCAGCUCCCUCCCUCCUCCUCGUCCACCUUCGACCUCGGCUCCUCGAUGCCGAUGCACUCGUUCCCGUACCCGAUCGACGGCGGCCUCGACUCGACGCACACGGGCAUGUCGACUUUUGCCAGCUCGAGCGCGCCCGCUCCUGCUGCGGUCCAGCACCUCGCCGCGCCCGGCUCGUCAACCGCGCAACCAUCCGCAGCGAGCCCGGCGCUCGACAACUUGCUCAACCUCGUCUUCCAGAAGCAGUCGGCCGGGACGACCACGCUCGAGGACGACCUGUCGGCCGCUUUCUUCCUCCCGACCGACGACAACAUGUUCUGGUCCCAGUUCCUCCAGUCGCCGGCCGCGUCCUUGCCGUCACCGGCCCGCCUCGGCUCGUCGACCUCGAUCCCGCCUGUCGCCGACCUCGCGCACCCGGCGUCGCCCCCUUCGACCGCCUCGCCCUCGUACCGCCCGCGCAUCCUCAUCACGGCCGCCGGCCUCCCGUCCCGACACGGCUCGCCCCAUCCCGAGUCGCCCACCGCCGCAGCCGACGGCGAGGGAGACACGGCCCGCACGGCGGCGGCGGCGGCGGCGGCGGCGGCGGCGGCGCAGGGCGGCGGUGGCACGGCGAGCGAGUGGGGCCUCGCGUGGCAGCCGACGGGCCACGAGAGCGGCGUCCGCCUCGACCGCGAGGCGUCCAUGUCGAUCCUCGCCGCUCCGGUCGUCCUCGACGGGCGCGGGCCGACGCUGCCGACGUGCGACGAGCAGGUGCGCAUCGCGCUCCUCGAGACGCUGCGGUUCUCGCAACUCUCCGACGACGAGUACCACGCCCUGUACAGCACCCUGGCCCGCAUCCCGUUGCCCGUAUUCGACCUCUUGCUCUCGCUCUACUUCGGCCACUUCCAUCCCCUCGUCCCUCUCCUUCACGUCCCGUCGUUCAACCCGAAAAAGACGCUUGGCCAGCUCCUCCUCAUCCUCCUCGGCAUCGGCGCCGUCUACGCGCCCAUCUCGGGCGCCCUGCAGCUCGGGCGCGCACUCGUCGAGGUCGCGAGGCGCGGCAUCGAGCACUUGAUCAACCGCGACAACCGCCUCGCCCGCAGCUUGCCCGUCGCGCAAGCCCAGAUGCUCUGGUCCGUCAUGCGCUGGACCGGCUCGGCAAGGACCAUCGAGCUCGCCUCGGCCUUUGCGAGCGUGCACACGACCAUGUUGCGCGAGCAGCGUGUCUUCAACGAGUCGCAGAACCGCUCGCCGAGCGACGACUCGCCGGCGGCCCAGUGGAAGGCGUUCGUCGCCAACGAGGAGCGGCGCAGGACCGCCAUGUCGUGCUACUUACUCGAUGGCGAGGCGGCCGUCCUCCUCCGCACCGCCCCCUGCAUCAACAGCAGCCUCCUCCAGACGCUUCUCCCGUGCGACGAACGACUGUGGACCGCGCCAACCGCCGAGGCGUGGCUCGAGGUCAAGGCGAGCGUGCGGGAGCCCGUGGCCAUCUCGGUCGUCCUCAAGCACCUGUCGUCCGACUCGGCGACACCGCUCCCGGCCGUCAUCUCGCUCAGCCCGCUUGCUGCACACGUCCUCGUCCAGGCCCUCCACCUCAACCUCCUCCACGUCCACCAACUGCGCAAGUCGGGCAUGACCAACACCGACCUCAUCACGACGCACGUGCGCCGCUCGCUCAGCCGCCUCGCGAGGGGCGCCGACGAGUUCACGCCCUGCUUCAACUCGGGCGGCCAGCCCGACGACCCGGCGUACUACGCCGCACCUCGCGCGUGGUACCACCUCGCGCAGAUCGCGACGUACGUCCCGCUCGACGAGCUCGACGCCGUCGCGCGCAAGUCGGGCGACGGCGAGGCCGACACGGCGCGCGAGUACUGGGUCAAGAUGCUCAACACGCACACCGAGCACGCUCGCACGCUCGCCCUGCAUGCGGGUCAGCUCCUGUGUGUCCUGCGCGACUACCCGACCCACAGCACGCACGAGCCCGCCUCCCUCUUCUACGCCGGCCUCGCCCUCUACCUGUACGCGCGCUCGAGCAAGCCCAGUACCGACGCCUCGCUCGCCUGGUCCGAGCCGCCGUCCACCGGCUCCCUCUCGUCCUCGACCUCGACCUCGAAAGCGCCCGCCAGCGCGGUACAGCUCGACGCCGUCCUCGACGACACGGCGUCGGCAUGGGUCGCGUUCGGCGGCGCGGCCGUCAUCGCGAGCCCGACGAUGCCCGGCUCGGUCGAGCUCGCGGGCGACGAGGCGGCGAGGACGGCACUGCGGGCCGUCGUCAAGGUGCUCGACGCGAGGCCGGUGUGGAGGGUCGGGAGGACGUUUGUCGCCGUACUGCAGAGGAUGCUGGCGAGGGAGGAGAGUCGGCAGGGCAAUCUGCACGUCUGAGUUGCGCCGUC